GCGGCGGCGGUGUCUCAGUCUCGUUCGACAACGUGUGCCGUCCGGUCGUCUCUCGUGCGCGCGCGCCCGUCCGUCGAGUUUUUAAACCCGAAAACGUCGCGAUACUCGGAAAAUUAGAAUUGUGAUUUUUUUUUUUUUUGGUUUUUGUCGUCGUCCGACAGUAAAACGCGCGCAAUAACCGAAAGAAUUAAUAUUAAUUUAACUUUUUUUUUUUAUUAUUUACGUGUGCGGCCCGUGGUUUUACGCGCGUAAACAGAUCGCCCGACAGCGAAAUCGUGGCCGCAGUCGAAACGCAUGGUGGCCGUCGUCCGACACAGAGUGUGGACAUGAACGGCGGUCGAGUGGCCAAGCGGCUGCUGGCCGUCGUGCUGGCCCUCAGCACGCUGGUCACGCUGGGUCUCUACUACAACGGUCUGUCGACCGGCGGCGGCGUCUGGGGCGGCGGUCGGACGGACGACCGGCCGCAGCCGCAGCCGGCCGCGUUGUUGCCGGCCAUCGAGUGGCCACGGCGGCCCGACGACGAUUCCGCGGCCAACGACGUCGCGCCGCCCGGCCCCAGAAAGCGGCCGGGCUCGGUCCCGCAACACCGGCCCGCGCCGAUGUCGGCCACCGUGGACAGGGACACGUGUCCCGUUCUGGGACUGGCCAACACCACCAUCGACACGGCGGCGGAAUUCUCGCGAUUCGAGUUCCAGCCUUAUUGGAUGAAAAGUAAAGAAUAUUGGAACAAUAGUUUCGACGAACGUUACAAGAAACUCCACGAAGACGUAAUCAAUAAAAAACGACUUCCACUCAAGAUUAUCGUAGUGCCCCAUUCGCACAACGACCCGGGAUGGCUGAGAACGUUCGAAGGCUACUAUCAUUUGCAGACAAGCAAAGUGCUGAACUACAUGGUGGAAAAAAUGACAGUAUUAAAAAACAUGACGUUCGUCUGGUCUGAAAUAUCGUUUUUGGCACUGUGGUGGGAAAGCGCUCAUCCGACAAAAAAGAAAGUAGUCCAACGGUUAUUGGCGGAAGGACGUUUGGAGAUCACUACCGGCGGAUGGGUGAUGACGGACGAAGCCACAACACACAUCUAUGCCAUGUUGGAUCAAUUAAUCGAAGGUCACCAAUGGGUAAAGAACAACCUCGGAGUGAACAUCAAGACCGGAUGGUCAGUGGACCCGUUUGGACAUGGUCCUACAGUACCUUAUCUAUUGAAAAAAUCCGAGAUCACCGGUGGAACGGUCAUCCAACGCUUGCACUACGCGUGGAAAGAAUGGUUUGCACGAACGCAAAACGGUGAUUUUUUGUGGAGACAAAACUGGGAUAGGACAGGUCACACCGACACACUGGUGCAUAAUAUGCCGUUUUCCAUAUACUCGAUAAGAGGCUCUUGUGGUCCUCAUCCACAGGUGUGCAUCAAUUACGACUUUCGAAAAGUGCCCGGCGAGUUCACUGACUAUUCGGAACUAGCGGUUUUCAUUGAUGACCAGAACGUGAAACAGAAGGCCGACGUACUGAUGGAUCAAUACGGCCGCACGGCUUCCGUAUCGCCGUAUAAUGUGGCUCUAAUACCGUUGGGAGACGACUUCCGGUACGAUCAUGACACCGAGUGGGACCAGCAGUACACCAACUACAUGAAGCUGUUUAACUACAUAAAUGCCAACAAAGACAGAUACCAUGGAGCGGAAGUAGGUUUCGGCACGCCGUCAGAUUUCUUCCGUGCGUUAAGGGCGAGAAGUGACGGUCAGUUUCCUACGUUGCGUGGCGAUUUUUUCGUGUACAGUGACGUUUUCUCUGAGGGUCGGCCGGCCUACUGGAGCGGAUACUACACUACCCGGCCAUACUGGAAGGUGUUAGAUCGGGAGUUAGAAACCAAGCUCAGGUCGACGGAAAUUCUGUACACUUUUGCCGUUAACGACGCCCGGCGGAAAAAGCUCCAGACGGUAAGGCUGCUGGAGCGGAACUACGAGAAACUAACUCGAGCCAGACAGAACUUGGCGUUAUUUCAACACCACGAUGCUAUAACGGGGACGUCCAAGUCUUUCGUGAUGAACGAUUAUGCUCUGAAGCUAUUCGAGGGCAUCCAAAAUUGCGCAGCGAUCCAGAGCUUCGCGGUCCAGUGUCUGCUGUCAAAAUCUGGUGACUCGGGCGCGCCGUUGUCCGCCAAAAUCGUCGUGCCCGAUAGCGAUCGUCAAACGUACGACCAGCCGACGUACAGACUGGCGUUAAACAUUGAUAAGUCUCGACCCCGAAACGUGAUCGUAUUCAAUCCACACGGUCGCCGGAAAACGGAACCCAUCAAGGUGUUGGUAUCGGAGCCAAACGUCCGGGUGGUGGACAGCGAUGGGUCAGUUGUUCGGCACCAGAUAAACCCCGUAUGGAACCUGAGCGAAACGGCUGAACAGCCGUUGGCAAUGUCCAAAGUAUGCUUCGAGUUGCUGUUCAUCGCUGUGCUGGACCCGUUGAGCCUGACCACGUUCACUAUCCAAAAGGCGCCAAACCCGGAAGGCCUGGCUCUGGUUUACUGUAAAAACUGUGCUGGACAUUCGGUGUUCACCGUCAAGCCUAUGAGGCUUGGUGACAUUCAGUUGGAGAACGAUCACAUGCAGGUGCUGUUUGACGGCAAGACGGGUCUGAUGAGCUCGAUCGUGGACAAGGGCACGGGCGUGUCGCAAUACGUGAACAUCGACUUCGCGGCUUACCAAGCGGCUCAGUUGCACAGUGGCGCCUACCUGUUCAUGCCUGACCCGAACUUGAGGGACACCGAGAAGAAGGUGCUGGACGACUAUCCUGGGCCGUCUACAGUGAUAAUAACUUCCGGUCCGCUAUCAUCCGAGAUCACGGUCGUCUACGGCAUUGUGACGCACAAGGUGCGGCUUUACCACGGAAAGGGCGUGGAAAGCAAGGGCCUGUACGUAGAGAAUGUGGUGGACUUCAAACAGCCACCCAAGAAUCGGGAGACGGAGCUGUUCAUGCGGCUAUCGUCGGGCAUCGCCAACGGUGAACCUGCAGUCAUCUACACCGACUCCAACGGGUUCCAGAUGCAGAAGCGCGUAACGGUGAAGAGAGUGGGUAUCGAGGGCAACUACUAUCCGACUACGACGACCGCGUACAUCGAAGACGACCACCACCGGCUGACCGUGUUGGUAAACCACGCGCAAGGCGCGGCCGGAUGGGAGCCUGGCCGAAUCGAGCUGAUGCUGGACCGGCGGACGCUGUACGAUGAUUCGAGGGGAAUGGGUGAGGGGGUGGUGGACAAUAAGCCAACGCUCACAAAAUACUGGAUACUGUUGGAGACGUUGUCGGACGACGGAGGCGGCUCGAAGGGCGGUGACCGGGUGUCCAACCCCAGCCUGGUGGCUAAUCAGCUGUCCGAAAGUCUUCUGUAUCCGGCCGAAGUAUUCGUCGUCGAACCGGAUACCGAACACCAUCUUCGGCCCGCGAUAGCCAUGAUUGACAGGCCUGUUCCGUGCGACGUGCACCUGAUGAACUUCCGGACGAACACCGACCCAGUGUUUCAGCAGUUCCCGUCACCUUCCGCACUCAUGGUGCUGCACCGGAAAGGCUUCGACUGUCGGGUAGACAAGGGCUACCGGAUACCCGAGUGCCAGCUCAGACGUGAUAGGGGCGUAUUCGACUCGGGCACAGUGUUCACCGGACUCGGACGACUACAGAUCGCCAGAACCACUGUCACCGGUAUGCAUCCGAUGGACGCCGUCGACCGACUCGACCAGGUGGAGGUGGCACCAAUGGAGUUGGCCGUAUUUAACGUCACGUUUAUCGAUUGAACAAGUCAUUUGUCACAAUCGCGUUCCCACGCAACAUAUUAUAUUUAAUAUUUUAAUACGUUUGUAAUUUAUCUGCCUGCGACCAAAUUUCUAGAACCUUGCGCUGUGUUAUGAAAACGAAAUGUCGAAUAAUAUUACUGGUUUCAGUACAUCGAUUCCACCUCAGAUUACGAUAUCACACCUAUAUUAUAUAUCACAUACUUGCAUACAAUACGAGCAGGGUUGUACCUUGGGCUAGUUCAAACAUCACCCCUCUUUGAAAAUUUUACGGAUUACGUAACCUAACAUAAAUUUGAUU